CAGGGAUAGGGCCCGGUCAGGAGAAGCCAGACGCACGGGAGGACCUGGCAUUUGCCCUCCUCUCUGGAGGUUCAGUAUGAAUUUGUGUCGUCCAGACCCACCAGAGCUGAGUCAGAUUGAAGCUGAGGAGCUCCAGAAGAUCCAGUGGCAUCGGAAACAGCUUCUGGAGGACAUCCAGAAGCUAAAAGAUGAAAUUGCAGAAGUAUUUGCCCAGAUCGACUGCUUCGAGAAUGCAGAGGAGAGUCGCCAGGCCCAGAAAGAAAAAGAACUAUGCAUUGGCAAGAAGAAAUUCAACAUGGACCCCAGCAAGGGGAUCCAGUAUCUUACUGAACACAAGCUUCUCUCCUCCAAUAUAGAAGAAAUCGCCCAGUUUCUAUAUAAAGGGGAGGGGCUCAAUAAGACGGCCAUCGGGGACUACCUGGGGGAGAGGGAUCCAUUCAACCUCAAGAUCCUUCAGGCCUUUGUGGACUUACAUGAGUUUGCCAACCUCAACCUAGUUCAGGCGCUGAGACAGUUUUUGUGGAGCUUCAGGCUUCCUGGGGAAGCCCAGAAGAUCGAUCGGAUGAUGGAGGCCUUUGCAGCACGUUACUGCCUCUGCAACCCAGAUGUCUUCCAGUCCACAGACACUUGCUAUGUCCUGUCUUUCUCUGUCAUCAUGCUCAACACCAGUCUGCACAACCCCAAUGUCCGGGACAAGCCCCCCUUUGAACGAUUUGUGUCCAUGAACCGAGGGAUCAAUGAAGGUGGAGACCUGCCUGAAGAGCUUUUGAAGAAUCUCUUUGACAGCAUUAAGAGUGAGCCCUUCUCCAUCCCAGAGGACGAUGGGAACGACCUCACUCACACCUUCUUCAAUCCAGACCGGGAAGGCUGGCUCCUCAAACUGGGUGGAAGAGUAAAGACUUGGAAGCGCCGUUGGUUCAUCCUGACAGAUAAUUGCCUCUACUACUUUGAGUUCACCACGGAUAAGGAGCCCCGAGGCAUCAUCCCAUUGGAGAAUCUCUGUGUCCAAAAGGUGGAUGACCCCAAGAAGCCGUUUUGCCUGGAGCUCUAUAACCCCAACUGCAAAGGCCAGAAGAUCAAAGCAUGCAAGACAGAUGGAGAUGGGAAGGUCGUAGAAGGGAAGCACCAAUCCUACAAGAUCUCUGCCUCGAGCCCUGAGGAGAGGGAUGAGUGGAUUAAAGCCAUAAGGGCCAGCAUCACCCGUGUGCCAUUCUAUGAUCUGCUCUCUGCUAGAAAAAAGAAGAUCACCAGCAAACAAUGAGCAACCAUUGGGUUGCCACUUUGUCCUUUGAGGGCUGAGGUGACCUGUGAUACCAGCAGGCCCUGGAGACAACCGCCUGCCUCAUCCUCUCCUACCUCAGCCUCCCCCAUCCCACUUUCCCAAAGGCUCCACUGGAGCUGAAAGGAGUAGAAGUAGAAAUGGAGAGAUGAGUGGGGGAUCAAGGAAAGAAGCCACCGUGUGGUAGAAGCUGGUCUUCCCUUCCUUGGCCUUGAAACUUCUUUGAGAUUGGCCAAGGAGGCCAUAAUAGAAUCUUGGCCUAGCAGCACUUAUCCGCAUUGGCCUGAAGAGGUUGGAAAGACUCUGGACCCCAAUCCCCAUUGUCUAGUCCAUCCUCUCUUUGGGGGGUUGACUGCAGAAAGGGGAGUAGGACUAGGCAAGCUGGGGGCUGGGAAGCCCCAGACAGGGCUCUUGGGGACCCUCAGGAAUGGCCAUAGGGCUCUGAGCCCAAAAGCUAUAGCAACUGGGGCAGAGCAACCAGGGAAAGACACCCCAUUGGGUGGGGAGUCCCCUUGGAAGGGCUCCAACUCCACUUCUGAUAUAUACUCUCUAACGUUGGACAAGUUAAUCGAUCUCUAUGAGUAGAAGUGUCCUCAUCUGUACAAGGGAGAUGACCAAGUAACCUCUGAGGUUCCUUCUAAAUUAAGGUCUAUAAUCUAAGGUCCUCUCUGAGCCUAUGACCACAACCUCCUCACUUAGUCAGGGCUUGACCUCACAGUCCCAUCAGUAUCUGCACCUCCAUACUGAUUUCCCAUCCCCAGCUAAAGGGGCCACAGAAAGACUGAGGAUACAAGUUAGCUGGCUCCCCUGCAUUGUGAGGGGCCUUGCAGUCAAGGUCAAGAAGUAGUCACAGAGACUCUUGUGUCCCACCCUGUGUGUCUGAGAUUCAAGAAAAGGAAGAAGGACAGGGCACCCCAUCCUCCAGAAGCUAACAAUCGAAUUGGACAGCCAAGUGUCAGCCACCAGCAAUAACCAAAGACAAACUAUGCCACCUCCCAAUGUUUGCAGAUUGGGGAUAUUUUUAAAGGAAUAAUAACACUCCACCCUCUGCCUCCCAGAGGCAGAUAAGGAAAGCCCUUUGGAAACUGUAAAUCACUAAAGAAAUGUCAACUAAACUAACAAUGUGGUUCAACUAACAUUGAUUAAAGGGCUAAAAUAUAGAGCUGUGGGCUAAUUAUUGGGGAGAAAUGUGGAACUUAGAUAAGACAUGGCCCUACCCCCAUGAAGUCCAGAGUCUAGUGUGGGGUGGGGCCAAGAGGGAAAUGCAUGCAGAAGGAUCCAUAAUAUAUAGUAUUCCAUCAAUAAAUUAAGAAGUUUAAAAGGCAGCAUGCAUGAUACAGUUGGAGAAGCAAUGGAUUUAGUCAAAGUGCCCAGGUUCAAAUCAAUCAACAAGCAUUUAGUAAGCACCUACUAUGUGCCAGGCACUACACAAGGGGCUAUGGGUGCAAAGACCAAAAUGGAACUCUCCUUCCCCUCAAGGUGUUUUCAUACUAUUGCAGAAGGACUUCCUGGGUGGAGCCAAGAUGGUGGAGGACAGGCAGUGACUUCUCAGAGCUCUCCCCCAAAUCCCAUACUACUGGGGAAGACUGAAUAAAUCAGAGCAAGUAUUUAGUCACAUUGGCUUCAAGCCAGGCACUGGAGGAGACAACGACAAAAUAAAAAACCCUCUCUCCCCUCAAAUAAUCCAUGUUCUAAGGGGAAAGACAAUAUGGGCACAUGCCAGACACCUAUAUAGGUACAUAAAAAACUGCUGCUUAACUACCACUGUGACCGUCAACAAAUCAUCUAACCACUCCAAGCCUCAGUUUUU